AUGUGCCGGCUCACUGUGGUGGCGGCGCUGUGCGUCGUGGCGGCGCUGUCGGCGCCUGCCGCCUGCCUGCCGGGCUACUCUGUCGCCAACGGCUCCGCCCGGGAGUCCAUCCAUGACGGCCCCGCACGCGCGGCGCGCCGCAGGGCGAGGCAGGCGGCGCACGGGGCGCGGUCCGCCGCCGGCCGCUCCCUCAUGGAGGGCGAGCCCACGCCGCCGCCACCGCUCACCGACGAGGAACGCCUGCUAGCCAAGCUGUCCGCGCUGCGCCGCCGCCUGAGCUCCCACGGCACGGCAGCCGCCGGCACGCGCCGGCGCAUGCAGGGCGUGGCCCCCAGGCCGCUCGUGAAACCGCCCAAGCCGGCCCAGGACGGCGUGGUCACCGCUGCGGCCGCUGCCGCCAAGCUGCUGGCCGCCAAGCCCAAGUCGGCGACCAAGCCUCCCAAAUUCGCCGAGCUGUACAACAAGAAGGUGUCGCAGACGGUGUCAGCCACGCUGCAGAAGCUGGCAAAGGUGGGCGGGCUGGUGGGGCGCAUGCGGGACCCCGCCGCCAUGCGCCUGCUGUUUGACGACUGGAAGAAGAAGUUCAAGAAGGCUUACAAGAACCCGGCGGCGGACAAGGCCGCCUUUGCCAAGUUCCAGGCCAACGUGAGGGCCAUCGCCGCCGCCAACCUGCGCAACCCCAAGUACUUCCAGGCACUCAACCAGUACAGCGACCUGUCAUGGGCGGACAAGCGCUCCAAGAUUCUUAUCAAGGUGGACAAGAAGCGCAUGCAGGGCAUCAUCAAAAAGGCCCAGGGCUCUGCGGCGACGGCCUCCGCCGCCGCCGCCGCCGCCGCGCCACCGCGCUCCGUGGACUGGCGCACCUCGGGCAAGGUCACCCCCGUGGGCGACCAGGGCGGGUGUGGCUCGUGCUGGAUCUGGGCGGCCACCCACGCUGUGGAGUCGCGGGUGCUGCUGCAGUCUGGCAAGACGGCGGCAGGGUUCAGGAUCGACCUGGCUGAGGGGCAGAUGGUGGACUGCGUGCGUGGGGCCACGUGCGAUGGCGGGUACGCUGACGAGGCGCUGAGCUGGAUGGCGCGCAGGGGGGUGGUGCAGGAGGCGCGCUACUCGUACGCCAAUGCCUUCAGCGGGCUGCAGGGCCAGUGCCGCAGCACGGCGGCCGUCCCCAAGAAGGAGCUGACCCAGCUGAUGGGGCAGGGGUACACGCUGGUGCAGCCCAGGAGCGCUACCGCGCUGAUGCAGGCCGUGGCCAAGCAGCCCGUCGCCUUCUACUUCGCCGCCAGCGACACCUUUGUGUCUGGCUUCGACACAGGCAUCUACCGGCAAGAUUGCGAGGCAGAGACCAACCAUGCCAUGCUGAUCGUCGGUUACAACCAGGGUACGCGCCCCGGCGCGGCGGAUGCCUACUGGAUCGUGAAAAACUCGUGGGGAACCAACUGGAUGGACAAGGGUUACGUCAAGAUUCCGAUGCUGGCUGACGGCACGCUGGGAUACUGCAAGAUGUAUGAGGCAGGGGGCUUUGUGCCCACCAACGCCGCGUCCUAUCCCAACUCAAACGCCCCUGGACCCGCCCCCAAGCCCUCGCCCUCUCCUCCUCCUCCACCACCACCUGGAGCCUGCGUGGACCUCUCUGACUGGAUGAUGGGCACACCCGACGCUCCUGGCGCCUGCCAGGCCAGCUGCGGCCUGUGCGGCGACUACAAUGAUGGCGGCAUUGUGCCAGACGAUUGCCAGGACCUGAAUGAAAACUGCGACUACUGGGCCAGCGUAGGCGAGUGCGAGACCUCCCCAGGCUACAUGCUGGGCACCGCCACCCGCCAGGGCAACUGCCUGCACGCCGCCUACAUGGCAGCCUACUGCCCCGCCGCCUGCCAGCUGUGCGACCAGGUGGUGAUCGACGACACGGCCGGGCAGUGCUGGGACCAGGAUGAAGACUGCGGCUGGUUUGCCGAGAAGGGCUACUGCCUUGACACCUACGACAAGUGGAUGGCCCGCAACUGCCGCGAGACGUGCAGCGUGUGCGAGGCGGAGUGCGCCGACGCCAACCUGCACUGCUCCGCCUGGGCCAAGGCCGGCGAGUGCAAGGCCUUGAUCAUGCCGCCUCCACGGGUGGUGGAGAAGGCGAUUGGGGAGAAGCGGGUCAUCAACCACGCCCCCGUGGGCAUCUCGCUGUGCCCGGAGAUGGAUGUGGAGGCCAUCACUGCGGGCAUCGAGGACAAAGAGGGGCGGCAGAAGGCGCUGGCCGAGGCCGCCUUCGAGCAGGUGUCCCGUGAGUAUGAUGCCAUGCGGGCCGCCAUCCGCGACCCCUCCACCCGCGGCCCCGACACCGCCUUCACCCAGCCCUGGCUCGCCUUCCCGCCCGUCGUGCUGGAGUGA